AUGACUGCUACUCUCAGUUCAUUGACGGGGCUGCUGCUUCUUCGCCGGGGAUGCGGGGGGGACGCGUCGGCGUCCAUCGUGCUAGACGCGUCUCCGGAUGAAUUUAUACGCCACGUCUGUGGCGCCGCCCCGGAUGGGUCCGAGGUUGGCGAAACAUCGCGGAGGCUCGACUCCUUGCUUGACACACAGACCAGCGUCCUCGCGCAGUCGCGGCUUCUCUGCCCACGUGAGUGGACCUUUGCAUCCUCUCCCUCUCCAGCCACCACGUCGGGUUGGCACGCCGUUACAGCCAAUAGCUUUGCUUAUAUUCUGCACACGUGGAGCCAACUAACCGCCCACCUUGUUUCUCCCACCGCACGCAAAGGCAUGAGUGUCAGUUUCUUUCCGACCAGCCUGCCGAAGUGUAUUGUGCCUUCAUUGAGCGGCGGCUGCUGCGAUAACGUUUAUCAUGAGGUGCGUGCACACAUUCCGAUUCGCCUUGUGCAUCCGCCUCUACCAGCAAAGACUAACGGUGAAGAGCGGUUGGAGACUACUGGUCUUCAUGCUGCGCUGGAGGAGUUUUUGCGGUCUCGUCGUAUGUGCGCGCGUUUACUUCGCCAACUCAUUCACGACGCAUGCUUAAAGUUCAUGUCAGAUGGUGGGUGCUGCGUUCCCACGUCAACCAGUGAUGAGGGGCUGCGGCGUGACACCUCUUGUGCCUGUUUGACAGACGAAGGCGUGGGCGAGGAGAUGAUGUGCUGCGUCUGCGGCUGCAUUAAGCGAAGUUUUAGACCCGUGCAUCAUCUGCUGCUGCCGCUAGGAACCGCCUUGGCGCUACCCACGCCCAUUUUGCUUACUCUCGGAGUAGAGUACGACGAAGUCCUGCCCAACGUCGCGGCGGGGGCGGAAGGCAAACCCGCCGCAGAGGACGUGGUGGGGGAAAGAGGCGUGACCAUUUCGAUACACACGGUUGUGCGCGUCACGCGUGCCCGCGCGGGAGAUGAGCCGCGCUGGAAGUCGGAGAUGUUGGCGUACAAGGCGCUGACGGCGCUCCUGCCCGUGCAGUUUGCAGUGCAGGGGGCAAGCACGAUAGAGGUGGGCGAGGUGGGGCCGGACGGCGGCGUUUCCGCCUGGUCGCAGCGCACCGGGGUGGAGGUGUUGAGGGCGGGGGAGCAGAUGCAGGAGACGCGGGAGCGCGUGCCGCCAUCGCUGAAGCCCCUCCCGCAGCACGUUGCGACGGGAACGACGGCGGGCAGAGUGAAGACGCAGCACGACCCCUACUGCGCACUCACGCGCUCCUCCACCUCGCACGAGUCCCACGCGGUGGACAGCCAGAACCUGGAAAGCGUCGAUGACGGCGAGGACAACCACAGCGAGAGUGGGGGCGGUAGCUACAACGGCGGGAACUCCUUCGCGCAGGAAGUGGGCAAAGACGGCGGCCCCAUCUUCAGCUCCUCGGAUAAGGCCGCUGGGGAGGUGGCCGGGACGCCCGCGAAGGGGGAGAAGAGAGAGGAGGAGAGAGAGGAGGAGAGGGAGGAAGAGAGGGAGGAGGAGAGGGAGGAGGAGGAGGAAAUGUCCAUGGAUGAGGUGAGGCAGGUUGUUUUGUCAUUAACGCAGGACCUCGCGGAGAAUAGGCGGCAAUGCGCGGAGCUGCAUCAGGCGCUCCAGUGUCAGCUGUAUUCCCUGCUCCUUCAGUUUGCAUCCGGCAAGGAGGCGACGCCACAGCGCAGGAGGAAUCGGGGGGGCAGGCACAAAAACGAGGAUGAGACAGGGGCCUUGGCAUUUCUUUCCGCGUUCCUCGGGACUACCGCCGAAGCCGAGAACGACAAUGCAAGGCUGCAGCAGGCCAUGGAAACGCUGACAAACUCUGGGUGCGGCGGCGGCGGCGACGGCGGCGGCGACAAUGAAAGCAGUGCCUACACCACCUUUGACGACUGCGUCAAGGAUGCGGCAGAGGGGAUUCAAACACUCGAGGACCGCCUGCGUGCUGGGCCAGUGGUGAUUGUGAGCGUGAGUAGCACUAGAAAACGACCUCGAAGCGGCGUCGUGGCCAAAAAAACUGGGCGGAAGCGAAAGAACGAGGUUUUCGUCUUCGCGGCCGCAACGAGGUGUCUCACAUCGGAAGCGCAGAGAAGAACUGCCAGUGCAGCGUGUAAAAAGGCGCUCGACAAGAACGCCGAAGAGAACGACGGCGCCAGCGUCGUGCUGCGGGGCUCUGCGUCAGCGCUUGCGGAGGCACGCCGGCACGUGGAUGACACGCUUGCGAGCCUGCGGGCUGCGGUUGCUUGGGGGCGCCAGCGGGUCACGGAGCUGCGUUUCACCUGCCAGCUGUGCCAGGGGGCACUGGCUCCCUGCCUGGAGGCCCGAACAGCCCUCGCGAAGGCGGAGCAGAAGGCGCGCGCAGACCUGCAAAUAGACUACCUUGUGGCGGAGGCGAUUGCGCGGGAGGCAAUUAGCGGCGCGAGCAAUGCGGCGAGCGGCGAGGAGGACGGCGAGGAGGAAGCGGAAGAAGGGGAAGCAAAAGUGCUGAUGGGGGAGGCUUCGGCUGAGGGGCCCGAAGGGCGGGACGACGGGGCAGAGGCGGAAGAGCGCGCGUUCGUGGAGGGCGCGAAGGGGCCACCCGCGGCGGACGAAGCGGCCACCACGCCAAAAGGGCGCAAGGCUGUUUGCCCCCCGAAUGGACGGCGCCCGCAGUCGACGGGUUCGCAGGAGCCAACACCGCCACCUUGUUUGCCGCCGAAGAGGCGCCGAAACGGCGGCGUUGAAAAGGCAAGGAAACCUCCCGCUUCUCGCACAGACUCCGGGCUGCAGAGGCGGGUUUUGCACAUGACCGUUUGUGUGUUUCUGCUGCUGUGCGCAUUGGGUGUGAUGGCCUACUUGUUCCCGUGA